CCUCACCCCGCAGUACGGCACACAGCUGGAGAAGGACACGAGCUCCUCGGAGGCAAAAAAAAAAAAAAAACCAACCAAAACGCUGGAUGGGUUGAUAUUCGAGCGGGAGGGUUUUCUUCCAACAAAGAGCAAGCGAAGGAACGGCUCUCGACGCAAACGAAAACUUUCAUCACCGGAGGACCUACAAUCACAACUGAAGGUUUGAGAGGUUCCCUCCGGUUUCCGAGGCAAAAUGAGCUGGAGCUUCCUCACACGUUUGCUGGACGAGAUUUCCAACCACUCCACCUUUGUGGGCAAAAUCUGGCUUACCCUCCUCAUUGUCUUUCGCAUCGUGCUGACGGCGGUCGGGGGCGAGUCGAUUUACUACGAUGAACAGAGUAAAUUUGAGUGUAACACGCGGCAACCUGGUUGUGAGAAUGUGUGCUACGAUGCGUUUGCGCCGCUGUCGCACAUUCGCUUCUGGGUCUUUCAGGUGAUUAUGAUCACCACCCCCACCAUCAUGUACCUUGGCUUUGCUAUGCAUAAAAUCGCCCGCAUGGAGGAUGAUGACUACCGGCCCCGGAGUAGGAAGAGGAUGCCUAUAGUGAACCGUGGUGCCAACCGGGACUACGAGGAAGCAGAGGAUAAUGGGGAGGAGGACCCCAUGAUCCUGGAGGAGAUUGAGCCAGAAAAGGAAAAGGACGCUGUGGAGAAGCCCAGCAAAAAGCAUGAUGGACGCCGUCGCAUCAAGAGAGAUGGUCUGAUGAAGGUCUACGUGUUUCAGCUGCUAUCACGUGCCAUCUUUGAGGUCUCGUUCCUGUUUGGACAGUACAUUCUUUAUGGGCUGGAAGUGGCGCCAUCGUAUGUAUGCACACGUUCACCUUGCCCGCACACUGUGGAUUGCUUCGUCUCACGCCCUACAGAGAAAACAAUCUUCCUGCUCAUCAUGUAUGCCGUCAGCGCCCUGUGUCUGCUCUUCACCCUGCUGGAGAUCCUCCACCUCGGCAUCAGCGGUAUCCGUGACUGCUUUUGUGCACCGCGAUCUCGGCCUCCCACCCCCCGUCACCCAGCUUUGGCCAGCCAGAGGUCCUCCAUCUGCCGCCAGCCCUCUGCGCCCCCAGGCUACCACACAGCUCUGAAGAAGGACCCAACGGGAAAAAUGGGCUUUAGGGAUAACCUGGGAGACUCCGGCCGCGAGUCCUUCGGGGAUGAGGCUUCAUCACGGGAGCUGGAGAGACUGCGCAGACACCUGAAACUGGCCCAGCAACAUCUGGAUAUGGCUUACCAGAACGAGGAGAAUAGCCCGUCGCGCAGUAGCAGCCCAGAGUCCAAUGGCACCGCAGUCGAGCAGAACAGAUUAAACUUCGCCCAAGAGAAGCAGAGCAGUACGUGUGAGAAAGGUCUCCGUGCGUAGGCUGUCAUCAGCUGAACAGUUCACAUCAGGAGGAGUGAGCGCACAUAAGGGAAUCAAACAGGGAGUGUGUGUAUGUGUGUGUGUGUGUGUGUGUGACGUUGUGAAGUUGCUUGAGGUGGAUGAAGUCAACCCAAGCCUUCCAGUGUUUCGACCUGCCGUGGUCGAGCAUGGAGUCAAACGAGGAGGAGAAUGGUCGUCUCAACCCAGCAAUACUUGAGACACCAGCCUGUCUGAAGAUCCAAAGUGCUUACAAACAAGCGUUGUGCAACAAGAACGGUUAAGGUUAACUUGUACUUCUCCCUCAGGGCAGCUAUUCCUUUUAAUUUUUUUAUUAAGAGACUUAGAGCUAUUAGUCCUUUUUAUGAGUUUGUUCUCUGUCUGAAGCUCACAGUGAGUGCAUCUCAAGUUUGCCUUAGACCUAAACUGGAACUCCGUAUCAUGGCAUUGUGGUAAGGUAGGGCCAAGCCAGUUGUAGUACAAAAAACAUGUUUAAACUGUAAGAGUUGAAUCUUGUGAGGAAGUGAAUCAGUGAGUGCGUGCUUGUAAGUGCAAACAAAAGGUUAAUGGACAAGGCACCACUCAUUCAAGAAAGGUACUGGAGUUGUUGUCAUGCUGAUGAAGACUUUUCAAGGUGUUUUCAUACAAAGGUUUCUUUCAAGUGUUUGACAUAGUUUUAAAUUUUUUUUUUCUCCUCCACAAUGUUGACGCUGCACCGGUCAACAUUCCCAAGUCUGGUGCCUGGUAUAGUAACUGGAACACACUUGGGGUGCCUUUGUCCAAAGGAAUAAACAAACCUGGGUAAUGCUUGAAAAACAUGUAACUCUUGAUAUUGUCUUGUAUUGUUAUAAACUUGUAUUUGAUACUGUUCUUUAUUUUUGUAUUAGUUUAGAGUAUUGUGCUAUUGAAAAGAGGCUCUUGUCACUGUGGCCAACUUUUUUUUUUCUUUUUCUUUUUCUUUUUUUUUUUUUAAAUGAAUGACAUUCAUGGCUGUCUUAGCUCCCCAAAGCCCAAUUCAAUCCAUGAACUAGUGCAUCCUGAAAGUUUGUCGGUACAAUUCAGUUCAACUGCAGCAGUUUUUCUCUUUUUAAUAACAUUUUUUAAUACACAAUAACCUGCAGCUUAUUUUAAUAGGUACAAAUCAUCUUUGACCAGUAGAUGUUUCCUUUUUUUAGUACAGAUCCAAAUUUAAUUGUAUCUGUUGGUAAAAUUAAGGGAUAAAAGCUGUGUGUCAUGUUAAUGUUCUAUGUCUGAAGGUGUUGAUUUUUGGAUUAGUGUUAUGACUGUUCCAGAGUCUCAAUGAGGGUUGUAAAUGAUAUAAUCAUUUCAAUGGCUUGAAUGCGCUCUACUAAGAUGCCAUCUUUUGUAAUCUGAAUCAUACCCACAGUGCCAUUAUUGCCAACUCAAAUAUUGUCAUCUCAAGUUAUUUUUGAGCAAUGCUUUUUGUACUUUUUUAUACUUUUUGUAUUGAUAGUACUUUGUGGUUAGUUUUUAAAAUAAAUUUUUUUCAACAAAUACCAAU